AAGCCGAAGAAGGCGGCCGGCGGCCCCAAAGCCCGCAAGCCGGCGGGCCCCAGCGUCACCGAGCUGAUCACCAAGGCUGUGUCUGCUUCCAAGGAGCGCAAGGGGCUUUCCCUUGCUGCGCUCAAGAAGGUGCUGGCAGCAGGUGGCUACGAUGUGGAGAAGAACAACAGCCGCAUCAAGCUGGGGCUCAAGAGCCUCGUCAGCAGGGGCACCCUGGUGCAGACCAAGGGCAUUGGUGCAUCUGGUUCUUUCCGCCUCAGUAAGAAGCCUGGAGAAGCAAAAGAAAAAGCCCCCAAGAAGCUGGCAGCUGCAUCUAAGCCCAAGAAGUCGGCGGCCAAGAAGCCGGCCAGUGCUACCAAAAAGGCCAAGAAAGUGGUAACAGCGAAGAAGAGUCCUAAGAAGGCCAAGAAGCCGGCUGCUGCCACGGCCAAGAAAGCAACUAAGAGCCCCAAGAAGGCGACUAAGGCUGCAAAGCCCAAAAAGGUGGCAGCAGCAGCAGCAAAGAGCCCAGCCAAGGCAAAGGCAGUGAAGCUGAAAGCAGCCAAGCCUAAGGCAGCCAAGCCCAAAGUAGCCAAGGCAAAGAAGGUGGCACCCAAGAAGAAGUAA